CUCUCCCGCCGCCCGGAGCGGAGUCGCGUUGACUGACCAGAGUCCGCGAGUCCCGCUCCGCUCCCGCCGCCUCAGGAACCUCUUUAACUCGGAAUGUCUCUGCAUCAAUUUUUACUAGAGCCAAUCACCUGCCAUGCGUGGAACAGAGACCGGACCCAGAUCGCCAUUAGCCCUAAUAACCAUGAAGUCCAUAUCUACAAGAAGAGUGGGAGCCAGUGGGUAAAGGCUCAUGAGCUAAAGGAGCACAAUGGACACAUCACAGGUAUCGACUGGGCUCCCAAAAGCGAUCGCAUCGUCACCUGCGGCGCAGACCGCAACGCCUACGUCUGGAGCCAGAAGGACGGCGUCUGGAAGCCAACCCUUGUGAUCCUGAGGAUCAACCGUGCAGCCACCUUCGUGAAAUGGUCUCCCCUGGAGAACAAAUUUGCUGUGGGAAGUGGAGCUCGACUUAUAUCCGUGUGCUACUUUGAAUCUGAAAAUGACUGGUGGGUGAGCAAACACAUUAAAAAGCCUAUUCGUUCCACUGUCCUUAGCCUGGAUUGGCACCCCAACAAUGUUUUGCUGGCUGCAGGAUCCUGUGACUUCAAAUGCAGGGUGUUUUCUGCUUACAUUAAGGAAGUGGAUGAAAAACCAGCCAGUACACCCUGGGGCUCCAAAAUGCCUUUUGGGCAGCUGAUGUCAGAGUUUGGGGGUGCUGGCAGCGGCGGCUGGGUGCACAGCGUCAGUUUUUCUGCCAGCGGUAACCGCCUGGCCUGGGUCAGUCACGAUAGCACUGUGUCAGUUGCUGAUGCCUCCAAAAAUAUGAUGGUUUCACAGCUGAAAACAGAGUUCCUUCCACUCCUGAGCGUGUCGUUUGUCUCUGAAAACAGUGUGGUGGCAGCUGGCCAUGACUGCUGCCCUAUGCUCUUUAACUGUGAUGAGCGUGGCUUGCUGACCUUCGUUUCCAAACUAGACAUUCCCAAACAGAGCAUCCAGCGCAACAUUUCCGCUAUGGAACGCUUCCGGAACAUGGAUAAAAGAGCCACUACGGAAGACCGCAACACCACCCUGGAGACGCUGCACCAAAACAGUAUAACCCAAGUGUCUAUUUAUGAGAUAGACAAACGAGACUGUCGGAAAUUCUGCACCACCGGCAUUGAUGGAGCGAUGACCAUCUGGGAUUUCAAGACCUUAGAAUCCUCUAUUCAAGGCCUACGAAUCAUGUGAAGAUGGAUUUCCAUGACCUAGCAGGACAGAGUGCUUGCUGGAACGCAGCUCCCACAUCUGCACAGACCCCAAAAGGGAGGAGGAAGAGGUGGAAUGUUUGGAAACACUGAGGGGAGGGGGGACAAAAAAGAAAAAGGAAA